AUGAUGUGCGAGGUGAUGCCCACCAUCUCGGAGGACGGGCGCGGCGGGGGAGGAGGCGGCUCGUCUUCCCCGGCUGGGGGCGGAGGAGGCAUGGGCGGGGGGAUGGGAGGCAUGGGGGGCUACGUUAGCCGGGAUCCCCGCGGCGGCGGCGGCGGGGGAAGCGAUGAAGGGGGAAGCACGGGCAACCUGGAGUCGCUGAUGGUGAACAUGCUGACGGAGAGGGAGAGGCUGCUGGAGAGCCUGAGGGAGACCCAGGAGAGUCUGGGGACGGCCCACCUACGGCUGCGGGAGCUGGGCCACGAGAAGGAGUCGCUCCAGAGGCAGCUGUCCAUCGCCCUGCCGCAGGAGUUUGCAGUGCUGACCAAAGAGCUGAACCUCUGCCGGGAACAGCUGCUGGAGAGAGAGGAGGAGAUAGCAGAGCUGAAGGCAGAGAGGAACAACACUCGACUGCUGCUUGAACAUCUGGAGUGCCUGGUGUCACGACACGAGCGCAGCCUGAGGAUGACCGUGGUGAAGAGGAAGGCCCAGUCCCCAGCCGGCGUCUCCAGCGAGGUGGAGGUCCUAAAAGCCCUCAAGUCCUUGUUCGAGCACCACAAAGCUCUGGACGAGAAGGUGCGGGAAAGACUACGGGUGGCUUUGGAGCGAGUGGGGGUCCUGGAAGAAGAGCUGCAGUCCUCCUCUCAAGAGGUUGUGUCUUUAAGGGAACAAAUCAAGCGACGGCAGCAGGGACUAGACAACGGCAAAGAGCGGCUUCCCAACGGACCUUCCUCCAUCUUGGAUGACGGAGAAAUCGACAGGCAGAGAGAGGGCGAGAUAGAGCGACAGAGGUCAGAGCUGGGACAGCUGAAGGAGAGACUGGCCCUCAUGUGCAGACAGGUCGGGGAGAUCGAGGAGCAGCUGACGUCGGCCAGGAGGGAGCUGGCCCGGUCGGAGGAGACCAACCAGAAACUACAGCGGGACGUGAAAGAGGCACUCUGCCAAAGGGAAGACAUGGAGGAGAGAAUCACCACAUUAGAACGCAGGUACCUGAGCGCCCAGAGGGAGGCAACGUCUCUUCACGACAUAAAAGAUAAACUGGAGAACGAGUUGGCCAGCAAGGAGUCUCUCUACAGACAGAGCGAGGAGAAGAACCGGCAGCUUCAGGAGCGUCUGGACGAUGCCAAACAAAAGCUGCAGCAAACCCUGCAGAGGGCCGAGACGCUGCCUGAGAUCGAGGCCCAGCUCGCCCAGAGAGUGGCAGCACUCAACAAGGCGGAGGAGCGUCAUGGUAACUUUGAGGAGCGACUGCGACAGAUGGAGGCGCAACUGGAGGAGAAGAACCAGGAGCUACAGAGAGCGAGGCAGAGGGAGAGGAUGAACGACGAACACAACAAGCGCCUCUCCGACACGGUGGACAAGCUGCUGUCUGAGUCCAACGAGAGGCUGCAGCUCCAUCUGAAGGAGAGGAUGGCCGCCCUGGAAGAAAAGAAUGCCCUAUCUGAGGAACUGUCUAACAUGAAGAAACUCCAGGAUGAUCUCUUAGCAAACAAGGACCAACUGAUAGCGGAGCUGGAAAGGCUUCAGCUGGAGUUGGAUCAGCUGAGAGCGAGACCCGGGGGCUCUUAUUCCAGUCGCUCUCUGCCAGGUAGCGCUCUGGAGUUGAGGUAUUCCCAUGGGGGCGGGUCCCUCCCAGCAGGUUCCACCACUCACCUGGAUACCUUCGGUAACGCCCCCGUCGGGGGCGUGGUCAGGCGGAGUCACCGGGCCCGCUGGAGCUCUGCCAGAGAGGACUCUACCAAAUACCCAGACUGGGAGAGUGGGGGCCUGCUGGGGACCGGGUUCGAGCCUGGAGUGGACGUGGGCUGCUCCGACGAUGAGGACGACGGGGAGCCUCGGUUCGGCUCCGAGCUGCUGUCCCCCAGUGGACAAACGGACGUGCAGACCCUGGCCAACAUGCUGCAGGAACAGCUGGAGGCCAUCAAUAAGGAGAUCAAACUGAUCCAGGAGGAGAAGGAGAACACGGAGUUGCGGGCCGAGGAGAUCGAGAGCCGGGUCAGCGUGGCUUUGGACAGUCCACCCAUACCUCCGACCUCCCUGGGGAGAGACAGCACAGGGCGGGGUUUCAUCCCCUCGUCCAUCACAUCCUCCACCCUGGCCUCCCCUUCUCCCCCAAGCUCUGGACACUCCACCCCUCGCCUGCCUCACUCCCCAGCCCGCGAGACUGAUAGACAGAACAACAAAGAAGACGAUCGGUCCCUCGCUCUUCUUGACUCCACGCCUCCUCCCACUCCGCGUGCGCUGCGGUUGGACAGGAUGACCCUAACCCACCCCGGUGCGAUGCUCGACGACCCCCGGGAGUUUCGCAGUCUAUCGGCAGAUGGCAGCAGCUCCAACAGCAGCCAAGAUUCUCUUCACAAGUCCAGUAAGAAGAAAAGCAUCAAGUCUUCCAUCGGUCGGCUUUUUGGAAAGAAGGAGAAAGGGAGGAUGGGCCAGCCUGGGCGGGAUGGAUCCGCUUCUCUCGCAUCCACACCUUCUGAAGACCUGGCCUCUGGAGACCCCAUGGGGAUGAACAAGACUGGGACUCUGGGUCCAGCAGAUAAAGACCGUCGCAGCAAGAAGAAGCACGAGCUACUUGAAGAAGCAUGUCGCCAAGGACUUCCCUUUGCCUCUUGGGACGGACCCACUGUUGUAUCUUGGUUGGAGCUGUGGGUGGGAAUGCCGGCCUGGUACGUCGCAGCGUGUCGUGCGAACGUGAAGAGCGGCGCGAUCAUGGCCAACUUGUCGGACACAGAGAUCCAGAGGGAGAUCGGCAUCAGCAACCCGCUGCACCGCCUCAAACUGCGCCUGGCCAUCCAGGAGAUGGUGUCCCUCACCAGCCCGUCUGCCCCGGCCAGCACUCGCUCUUCGACCAGUAACGUGUGGAUGACCCAUGCAGAGAUGGAGUCUCUGAACGCUGCCAUCAAGCCACCGGCCAUAGUGUUGAGCAUCUUCUUCUCUCCCUCUGGUUGCUGUUUCAGUGUGAACUGCUUCCAACUAAUUACCCAUUCACUAACACACUAUUCCUCCCUUUUGUCCUCUUUUCCUGCUGCUGCUGCUGCUGCUGCUGCUGCUGCUCCCUCCUCCUCUCUUUUUCUCCAUCCGUCCACCCUGCUCUUGACCCUUUCUCCCCUUUCCCUCGCCACCUCCACAUCACUCUAUCUGGCUCUGUCUCUCUCUGUCUGCCUUUCUCUUCUAUCGGCACUCCAGGAGCUGAAAGAGUUCAGCUGGGAUCAGAUACUGGCCUACGGUGAUAUGAAUCAUGAGUGGGUGGGCAACGACUGGCUGCCCAGCCUCGGCCUGCCACAGUAUCGCAGCUACUUCAUGGAGUCUCUGGUGGAUGCCCGCAUGUUGGACCACCUGACCAAGAAGGAGCUGAGAGGACAGCUCAAAAUGGUGGACAGCUUCCACAGGGUCAGUUUGCAUUACGGCAUCAUGUGCCUGAAGCGCCUGAAUUACGAUCGCAAGGAGCUGGAAAGGAGGAGAGAGGAGAGCGCCCACCAGAACAAAGAUGUGAUGGUGUGGUCCAAUGAGCGAGUGAUGUGCUGGGUGCAGACACUCGGCCUGAAGGAGUACGCCGACAACCUCCGUGAGAGCGGCGUCCACGGGGCUCUGCUGGCUUUAGACGACACCUUUGACUACACUGACCUGGCCCUGCUGCUGCAGAUCCCCAAUCAGAACACACAGGCCAGACAGCUCCUGGAGCAAGAGUACAACUCCCUCAUCUCCAUGGGAACUGAGAGACGACCUGAUGAGGAUGGAACUAAGACGUUCAGCCGCUCGCCCUCCUGGAGGAAGAUGUUUAGGGAGAAAGAUCUACGGGGCGUGACCUCUGACUCUGCCGAGACCCUGCCUGCUAACUUCCGUGCCUCAGCCAUCUCCACGCCCUCCGUCACCCUGAGAAAGGUUCAGAGUGAAGCCAGCUCUGGUGCCCGGGGUGAAUCUGCCUCAGUGAGGACGUACUCCUGUUGAGGGGCUGAGGGCGCUGACUGGAUCGGGCCUGGAUUGACCCUCUCGCUCGUCCACGGAGAAAAAAAGCAAUGAAUAUAACCAUUUAACCUAAAAAUAAACCUAUCGGUCUGACCAUUCUGCAAUAACAGAAGAAAAGGAAUAAAGGGGAAAAUGACAUGAAGAAUGUAUGAAUGUAUUUUCCGACCAGACUAGGAAGGUUGAAUGGGAUCGGCUGUUUUCUCUCUCUGUCUCUCUCUUCCUGUCAUUCUGUCUUUGCUCUUUCUCUCUCGGCGUGACUGUGCUAUGGGGUUAAUAAAGGACAACGACGGUGUUGGUUAGGUUCGGGCCGGUCUCUUUCAUUCCUGUCGGUGUCUGCACAUAGUCAGCAGGGUUGGCAAUAUCAGGGCUUAUUUUCCUACAUUUAGAGGAAACAACUUGCUGCCACUUAUCUCUUAGAGUAUGAAAACAGCUAAACAUGUCGCCUUACAACUGCUGCUCAACAACAGGUGUUUGUAUUUAGAGUCGGGGCAGGAAUUAACCUCACCGUAAAGUUUGGAUUUCAAAAGCAAGAGGACCGAGAGGAUGUUUAAACUGUAAAACCAUUGGGGGAAAUGUCUAGAUGGACAUAGCCGUGUUACAACUCUAAACAACACCGCUGUUCUCCUUUCUGCUCAUGACGUGGCCGGUGUCCAGUGUCAGCCGUGGUGGCUCUAUUGUUGGCCUCCAUGGUCCCGUCAGGAGUGUUUGAGAGUCCCCAGUUGGUCGGAGCGGUGUAAUAAAACAUGUCUGAAUCCAGACCACCAUUUGACUCCGACCACAUCAGAGGGACCCUCCUCAAGCUUUCUCUAAUUGCACAUUGAAAGCCGAUAGGCUGAGUAAUUUCUUUUGAAGGGAGCCCAUUAUAGAGAUGAAAGGCACAGGGGCGGAUGGGACAGGGUGGAGCGAGGCCACAGAGGCAUUGUGCCCAGUGAUUUCAUGAUGCCACUGGCAGGUAAAUUAAAAGCUAGUGUUGGUGCCAAUUUCUAAAAAGGCGUUCUUUACGAGGGGUUUAUACGUUAUUAACGUUCGUCUUUAUCAAUGUUUGAGGGGCACGGUGCGGAUUUUUCACAUGGGGUUCAGUUGACUCGUCAUGAAGGGCACUGCUCGGUCUGUGAAAACGGUCGUACCAUGUCGUCUGUGGUUCUGUCGGCUGGGAAGUUUGAAAAAAUAACCCUCAUGAAGUCGCAGUGGCGUCAUCCGGGUUUGUCUCGCUUUGAGCGUGAGGCGUAAAAUGUUCAACAUAGAUCAUAGCUAGAAAUAGGUGCGCAUUUAGAGAGAGAGAGAGAGAGAGAGAGUUUAAUAAAAGAAGCUGUUGAGUUGCAUCAUGGGAAAUGUAGGAGGUUGGGACCAUACUAGAGACUAGAAAGGCAGGAUAUCUCUGCUUCAGCUGCUUCAGUUUUGACCAUUCCUUUCCAAAUCUGUCUCUUGUUAGACAGAGGUGUCUUAACUUUAUCGAAGUGCAAUACUGAAUUGCUUGAGUGCGCAUUUAAUGUAUAUCACACAUUAAUGCUUUAUUGAUACGUAAAGAGCUACUGAGGUUCGGGAAGCCAAAUUGUGACAAAUCCAAUUGGAUUGAAAUUGGUAAAAAAAAAUUGGUCAGACGAAACUAAUAAUUAACAUUUAUAACUGGAGACUGGGUGACUUAGUAGAAAGUACAUCAUUUAAUUUCACUUUUUAGCCACGGCAUGUCUCUAGGGAUGGCAGUGUCGGUUGUUCUACCACUUUGGUCCGGUCUGAAAUACCUCAAGAAUUGGAUGGAUUUCCAUGAAAUUUGUUUGACACGUUCAUGGUCCCCUGAGGAUGAUUUGUAAUAACUUUGGGGGACCCACUGACCGUUCAUCUAGCACCAUCAUGAGGUUAAAUUUUCAGACUGUUCUGAAACUUUGGUUUUGGUCGACGAUGCUAACAUUAACAUGCUAGCUGCACGAAGCCACUAGCAUGGCUGGAGAAUCUUAGUCUCAUCAACGAGCCAUUAGGUCUACGGUCAGAAAUGUUAGAAAGUCAUUAGUAAAUGGUUCUUCCACUGUGAUAAUCCAUCCUGGCCGGACUUUAAAAUGUUAAUAAGUUAAUAAAAAUUGAUAUGGGUCCAAAUUAGUUUCUAAAUGAAUUAAAGAUCUAGCUUAAAAGAUGACGCAAGUUAUUCUGUAGGUGAAUAUUCACCAGUAAAAUGGCUUUUUCACAACUUGGCAACCCAAAGGUUCUACAGUACAGUAGUUUAGUACAUGAAUCAAAUAUGGAUUAAUUUACAAAAUCCCAUUAAUUAAAAACUAUAUACCCUUUGCAAAGUAUGUCUUACCGGAAAGCGGUAUCAAGUUUUAAAUAUAUUAAGAAAGAAACGUCUUUGAAGUCAGACUCAAAGUGGAACUCCUCACUAGCCCUCAACAAUGUCGCUCUGUGGUUUAUGACCUGUAAUCAUCAGCUCAGGGUCUUGGGUAAUCCUGAUGAUGGGAGAGGCGACAGAGAGACAAAAAAGCAACUCAAAGGGAGGAUAGAAGAAAAAAACAAAACAAAAAACAGGAUGGACAGAAGCUGGUCAUUUUAUUGCACACACAAGCCAUAACAGAA